AUGGCAUUAUCAGGGUACAAAGAAGAAAAACAACAACUAGCAUUUCGUUUUAAUUUCAGAAUAUAUAUUUGUUGUGUUCAGUUACGUAUAAUUAAAACUAAAAGUAAAAAGAAAAAUAUUAAUAAACUGGUUACGUGCAAUGUUCUUGCAUGUGUAAUAACAGCUGGUUACUUGCAUAUAUACUUACUAGCUGGGGUACCCGGCUUCGCUCAGGGAGUUGAUAUGAGAUUGUGUGAAGAUAUCGAAAAUGUUUCUACAGAAGAAGAAACGUCAACUGAUGAGCCAACAAUGGCAUAUUUUAGGGACAAGUUCGAGAAAAUUCUAUCUGUGAAUGUAACGAAGAUAGCAGUUAUCAUCGUUUACUUUCUGAAUUUAUCAUUUGGAAUAUGGGGAGCGUUGACUAUAAAACACGGUAUAGAUUUUACUAAGUUAUAUCCAGAAGAAUCCGUAAUAACAAAGGGUAUUAAAAUAUAUUAUAAUAGUUUCGGCCGGUAUACAUUUCCUUACCAAAUAGUCAUUAACAGCACACUUGAUUAUUCAGAUUUGAAUGUACAGAAAUCCGUAGACGAACUAUUCAACAAAUUCGAAAGUCUUUCAUACAUCGCCGAUUCCAGAUUUACAUUAUCGUGGUUAAAAUAUUAUAAAGAAUUCCAAAAUCACCCGCUAGCAAAAUAUUCAUUACGAGGAUACAACAUGUCAAUUAAAGAAGAUUUCUUGGAUGGACUUCGCGAUGUUUUUUUGAAGUUUAAAUCAGCGGAACAAUUCUCCGAUGAUAUUGCAUUUAAUUUUGAUGGAUCCGAUAUUAUAAGUAGCAGAUUCCAUAUUUUUGUAAAUGAUACGUUAAGUCCAGCAGCUGAAAUGGAAAUGUUAAAAACUCUGUGGAAAAUUGCUGACGAAUUCGAAUUUCCUGUUCUUGUUCAUGCAGCAGUCACACCUCUAUACGAACAAGGAAUAAUAAUUGGACGUACAAUUAACGAUUUAUUGUGGAUUACUUCACUUUUGAUUAUGAUUCUUUUUGUAGUUAUCAUACCAAACAUUGUCGUUGCUGUUCUCGUUGCAAUAUCGGUAACAUCCACCAUUGUAGAAACUUUAGGAUACAUGUCUCUGUGGGGUAUAAACAUGGACAUUUUAUCUAUGAUGAGUCUGAUAUUAUGUGUCGGAUUCUGCGUAAAUUAUUUGGCUCACAUAUCUUACGCAUAUAUUUGUUCUCCGUAUCAAACCCCCAAUGAAAAAAUGAAAGACAGUCUGUAUCGUAUCGGCUAUCCAAUAUGUCAAGGAUCUCUGUCAACCAUUUUAGGAAUUUUAUUUGUAUACAGAGAUAUGUACGCUUUCAUUAUAUUUGUGAAAAUCGUAUUUCUUAUCGCAAUAGAAACUGCAUUUCAUGCAUUGAUUUUUGUUCCUGUUGUUCUUUCUUUAAUCUCUUCAAUUUUCUUUAAAGCUAAUAACGAAAUAUAG